UUAGAUGAGAUUUUAGUGCGAGGUGGGGGACCGGGGGUGGGGGGGACUCUUUUCUAGCCUGGUGGUGAAAUUGCAGCAGUUUGCGUGUGCUGGAGCCGGGAAAAUGGAGGCUGUGAUAGAGAAGGAGUGCAGCGCGCUCGGAGGGCUCUUCCAGACCAUCAUCAGCGACAUGAAGGGAAGCUACCCAGCUUGGGAAGACUUUAUAAAUAAAGCGGGGAAGCUGCAGUCUCAGCUGAGGACUACAGUAGUAGCAGCUGCUGCCUUCUUGGAUGCCUUUCAGAAAGUGGCUGACAUGGCUACUAACACACGUGGUGGUACCAGAGAAAUUGGGUCUGCCCUAACCAGAAUGUGCAUGAGGCACAGAAGUAUAGAGUCCAAACUCAGGCAGUUUUCAAGUGCUUUAAUUGACUGUCUGAUAAACCCACUUCAAGAACAGAUGGAAGAGUGGAAGAAAGUGGCCAAUCAACUGGAUAAAGACCAUGCAAAAGAAUACAAAAAAGCCCGACAGGAGAUAAAAAAGAAAUCGUCAGACACACUGAAGCUACAGAAGAAAGCAAAGAAAGCUGAGGCUCUGGGAAGAGGAGACAUCCAGCCCCAGUUGGACAGUGCAUUACAAGAUGUCAAUGAUAAGUACCUACUUCUGGAAGAAACAGAGAAACAGGCUGUUAGGAAGGCCCUCAUUGAAGAGCGUGGCCGAUUCUGUACUUUCGUCUCGAUGCUACGGCCUGUGAUAGAAGAAGAAAUUUCAAUGCUAGGAGAAAUAACCCACUUACAGACCAUUUCAGAUGACCUGAAAAGCCUCACCAUGGACCCUCACAAACUGCCAUCUUCGAGUGAACAGGUAAUUCUAGAUUUGAAAGGUUCAGAUUACAGCUGGUCAUAUCAGACGCCUCCAUCUUCUCCCAGUACUACCAUGUCUAGAAAGUCCAGUGUUUGCAGCAGUCUGAACAGCGUUAACAGUAGUGAUUCCCGGUCGAGUGGCUCACACUCUCACUCACCUAGUUCACACUAUCGCUAUCGCAGCUCCAAUCUGCCACAGCAGGCACCCAUGAGACUGUCCAGUGUGUCAUCCCAUGAUUCUGGAUUCAUGUCCCAGGAUGCUUUCCAGUCCAAAUCACCAUCCCCCAUGCCACCAGAAGCUCCUAACCAGAAUUCGUCCAGCUCUGCCUCUUCAGAAGCCUCUGAAACCUGCCAGUCAGUGAGCGAGUGCAGUUCCCCCACCUCAGUCAGCUCAGGCUCCACCACGGGGGCUUGGGCCUCCACAGAGAAGUUGUAUAAUGGGUUUUAUCACUGUAGUUUACCAAGUGACCCAUCCGUAGCUUCAUUUGGUGCAGGUUCUUUCCCUCAUUACCUGCCUGCAUCCCGCGCAUGGAGUCGGGCUUCCUCAGCCCUCCAUCCAGACUACGUUCAUUAUUACACCAUUGGGCCUGGCAUGUUACCAUCAUCUAAGAUCCCUAGCUGGAAGGAUUGGUCUAAGCCCGGCCCCUAUGACCAGCCUACGGCAAACACCUUGCAACGCCGCAAAGAAAAACGUGAGCCAGACCCUAAUGGAGGAGCCCAGAGCGGACCACUUCUGCCCACUGAGGAGGCCCAGAGACCUCGGAGUAUGACUGUGUCAGCUGCCGCAAGGCAAGGAGAGGAGAUGGAAGCAUGUGAGGAGCUGGCUUUGGCUCUGACAAGGGGUCUGCAGCUGGACACCCAGAGAAGCAGCAGGGAUUCCUUACAGUGUUCCAGUGGCUACAGCACUCAGACCACCACGCCUUGCUGUUCAGAGGACACUAUCCCAUCACAAGAACUGGCGGGGAGCAAGGAGGGGCUGAGCCGGAUUCCAUUCCUCUUGCAUCAACAGAACUGUGGACUAAGCCUGGAUCAGUUGCACCUGGGCAAGUCUGUUAAAGUUUCAGAUUACGAUUAUUUCUCAGUGAGUGGUGACCAGGAGGCAGAACAACAAGAAUUCGACAAAUCUUCAACCAUUCCGAGAAACAGCGACAUCAGCCAGUCCUACCGGCGAAUGUUCCAGGCCAAGCGCCCUGCUUCUACUGCUGGCCUGCCAACAACUCUGGGACCGGUGAUAGUUACACCUGGUGUAGCAACCAUCCGACGGACCCCUUCCACCAAGCCUUCGGUCAGGCGGGGCACCAUUGGGGCAGGCCCUAUUCCAAUCAAGACCCCAGUCAUUCCUGUCAAAACACCCACUGUACCAGACGUCCCAGGGGGACUGCCAGGCACCCUGGCUGGGGCAGAAGAACCUGCUGAGCAGAGUCCUGAGUCUCCCUUAGCAGAUGGUGGCCAAGGAGCCAUGCCUUCUUCCUCGUGGAGUGGACAAGCAUCUGUCAACCCUCCACCACCCAGCCAGAAACUGAGUACUACUGAUGAACAGAGGCAAGCAGUUCCUGAAAGUGAGGGAGAAGAAAGUGAGAAGGAGAGUUCCAGCAUGCUUGCGCCCCCAUGCCAGCCACAGUCGGACCUGGGGGACAUGAGUCCUGGAGACGCCCCACAAGGUGAAGACAUGCUCAAUGCCAUUCGCCGUGGCGUCAAGCUGAAGAAGACCACCACCAACGACCGCUCGGCACCUCGUAUUUCCUAGACGUGAGAACACUGCCAGAGUACUAGUCACUGAGAAUGAACUGUGACAAAACCUUACCUGUCUCUAUCCAUUCCAAUCUGUAAUCAAAUGAUUUUGUAGGAAACUCGGUAACAGACAGUUUUGAAAAUACUCUAAAAGAGAAAAUGAGAAGAAAGUGCAUAGUAACAGACAUGCUCCUCACUGGUGUUUUAAUUUGUAAAUACCAACGAUUUUGUUUCUGCACAUUUUUGAUCCAAGCUAUGCUUUUAUUUUCUGAAGGUGCCAAAUCCCAUUUAACUUUUUUAUAACUUUGUAAAGUUUUCAGUGCAUAAGAGAACAAAGUUAAGUCAUUAACUUCAGCAAGGGGAUUUAAUGCAUUUGGCUUUUUUGCAAGCUUUUUUAGAGCGCCUUGUAAUAGUGAGGUUAAACACAAAUGGGACUUAUUUUAAAGUUUUUAAGUGAACCAGUAAG